UAAAAGGUAUAGGGGAUAAUAUUUCCUUGUUACACUGAAUGAGACGCAUGAAAGUGUUGUACAAAAAUGAGAUUCUACAUAAUCUCUCUCAUAUCAGGGGCUGAAUGCUGCGAGAACCCACCAACAUUGAGCUCAAGUAGCGGAGUUGGGUCCGUUUUAGAAAUUGGAGGCUUCAAAGCAUACGUCUCUGCUCCUUCCUCUUCCAAACUCGCUAUCCUUCUCGUCUCCGACGUUUAUGGUUAUGAAGCACCAAAUCUAAGGACUCUUGCUGACAAAGUUGCAGCUGCAGGGUACUAUGUGGUAGUUCCUGAUUUUCUUUAUGGUGAUCCUUAUAAUCCUGAAAACACGGAGAAGCCUUUAUCAAUCUGGAUACAAUCACAUGGAACAGAUAAAGGAUUUGAAGAUGCAAAAAAAGUUGUUGCUGCUCUCAAAGAUAAAGGUAUAUCUGCAAUUGGGGCUGCAGGGUUUUGCUGGGGUGCAAAGGUGGUUACCGACCUAGCCAAGUCUGACUACAUUCAAGCUGCAGUGCAAUUGCAUCCAUCAUUAGUCAAAGUUGAUGAUAUUAAAGAGGUUAAGGCACCAAUAGCUAUUUUAGCAGCUGAGAUAGAUAGAAUCUCUCCUCCGGAGCUUAUUAAGCAGUUUGAGGAGAUUUUGUCAUCAAAACCUGAGGUGGACAGCUUUGUCAAAAUAUUUCCUAGUGUUAAGCAUGGGUGGACAGUAAGAUACAAUGUUGAAGACAAAGAGGCAGUGCAGAGUGCUGAAGAAGCCCAUCAGCACAUGUUAGAUUGGUUUACCAAGUAUGUCAAAGAAAACCUGGAGGAAAUCACAAUUUAAGUAAACAGAAAGUGAACUUGCAGUUUGCUUCAUCAGUAAUUCCAUACACAGCUAUGGCGUAGUCUACUUUAGAGUUCAUGUGUGGCUCUUGAACAAUACAUGAUGUCCGGUUUAGAUGUUUUUAGGACAAUGCACUACGCUCAACAAGUUAUCGGACGUGUAAUUGCCAACUUGAUGAUUGGCCUUAUUAUGAUUCUUAAGCUGGGUGUAUAAACAUUCAUAGUGUGAUUCUUAAGCUGGGUGUAUAACCUAGACAAAACACUCAUAAAUUUGUCCAUAAGUUAUAAAUAGUCAGGAACAAGCAAAAGGUCAUUUAUCUUGACUAUAACUUAAUGAAUUUCAACUAGGCAGGAAGCAUACAAGUGCAUUGCUUAGAAUAUCUCAGGUACUAGUUCUCCAUCAGAAAAUCAAAGUGCUGAUUUGUCCAAAAAGUAGUGUAAUGGAGAAUGAAGUUUCAAUUUAUCAGCAGUUAACAUUGCACGGCUGGGGGUCUUUGUAGUACAAAAUCAUCAAACCAUCAUUAAUAAUUGAGUUUAGUUUCAAUACACUGAUAGUGUAAAAGAAUCUUUACCAUGUAACUGUCCUUAAUGGCAAUCUGCUAUAACAGGUCAAAUAAUACCCAUAGUGUAAAUUUCUUAACAUUGUUGCUAAGAGGAUCUUUAGAAGUUAGUUAUAAAAAAUCAUUGGAUAAAAAGAAAAGAAGACGAAAAUAAAACGUGAUCAAAGUAUGGAACCAAUUUGGUACAACUCCCAGCCUCACAUAGUGUUGCAAUUGCGAGGAUUUUCAUUGUUGAGGUAACUGGUGUAGUCAUUCAUCCCUGACAUGGGCAAACUUGGAGGAUGGAAACCAUACUCCGGUGGAAACAUGCCCGGAUGAUAAGGCGGAUAACUAGCUUCUCCGUCAUAUAGUCUUUGGUAAAGAUUUGGCAGCUGCCAAAACGUAGAAGAUGCUUUCUCUCUUGCUUCUUUAGUUACGCGGUCUUGAAUGGAUCCGGAUCUUUUGUGUAUUCUGCAAUAGCGAUCUCUGCAAAUUGCUUCAUCAACCCCUUUUGGGGGCUCAUAAGCUUCAGGUUUAUGAUCCUUCUUAGUGUCUUUUCUCAAUAUAAAUGUUUCAUCUCGACAUGAAGAUUCUUGAUUCUUUUUCUGCUGUCCAACUUUGGUCUUGCCUUUGUAC